CUGUUGUAUAGAAACAGGUGAGGUUCCCAACAGAAGUUUUUGAAGUUUAUUGUGAUACCAGGCAAAGUGAGCAGUCCUUCUUGUCAGUUUUAGUUAUACCUGCCUCCUUCAAAGCGCACAUGAAUCCAUUUAUUUUUCUGCUUUAUAGAACUGAAUUUUCAAAUAUCAUAGGGUUUGGUUUUACAACAACGUCAUCAAAUGGCAUUGUACUUGGUUGUUCAGGACUGUUUACUACUCCCUUUCUUUGGCAAGUGUUCAUGAGGAAAGUAUGUUCUAAUUGGCAAAAAGUCCCCUUGAAAUGGAUUCAGUGAGUGAUUCACAGAUUUAAAACAAUAGGUAAUGUACCAGCCCAGCACCAGUGUGGGUGUAAACAGGCUGUUUGUAUGGUGCUGGCUGGAAUGCUUAAUUACAUACCUCAUACCCAUUCAUGUAGGGAGAUGAACAAGUUAAGUUAAAUGCCCUUCCUUCAGUUGUUACCAUGAAAAUGUGAGGUAAAGAGAUUUUUGUUAGAUAAUACAAUUACCCAUAGUGUGAUCCAUGCUUAGGGGCAGCCUUGGAGCCAUUAAUUUGGGGCCUGACCUUUGUGCAUGGGGAACCCAUAUAUCACCUCACCUGUCUGGAACAUGGAUAGCAAUAACCAACAGGCUCUCUCUGGGUACUGGGCACCGAUUUCAACCUAUUUAAUGGCCCAAGGUGUUAGAAGUUAGACAGGUACUAUGCUUACUCAUGAUGGCUGCAGGUAGGGAACUUUGAAAUCAGGGGUUGGGCCUGGGGAAUUGGGACCCUAUCCAUUUUGCACGCAUGUCUCUUGUUGGCAGCCAGGGCCAUUUAAGCUCCAACCAAUGAAAGUUGAUGCGAUGGGUGUUAUUUUUGUGACCCAGAUAGAAUGUGCGUAUGAAGAGCUGGCAGCUGGUGCGUCAGGGUUUAAAGGUACCUGUGAUUUCGAAGGAGAAACAGUUUCUCAAUCUUGGCAACUGGUGGUUUAUUUUGAGAGAGGUAAUUUGUUUCAGCACUGACAAGGGAAAAAGGAAGCAGGGAAAAAGCAGGCAGUUGAAAGUAAACUUUGAAAAGGGAAGACCUUUAAAAAGACUCUAAGAAGGAACUUUUUUAUCUGUGGUGUGUUUUUGAAUAGAAACACACAUCAUGCCAGGUGCAGAUUUCAAACUGGUGCCCAUAUACAUCGGGCAGCCAGUGGUCACCAAUCAGUAUAAACUGAUCUCCAAUGGGAAAGUAACUGACCUACAGCCAGUAAAUGCCCAUAGAAAUGGUCAGACUGCCAUUGUGGAAGAAGACAAGCCCAUCUACGCACAUACUCAGAGGCCGUCACUGGUGAAAGUAAUCAGCAAUGUGAAACCAGGAGUAGGAGCUGGGGUACACCCCAUGUCCAUAGAGUCUGUGAAAUACUAUCUGGUUUCUGAUCCCCAGCCUGUGUCUUCUGCAUCCUCUGCCACUGAUAGAUUCAGAGUAAUCCCUGCCAACAACAACAACAGACCAGAGCCAAGGGCAAAGAAUUCAAAUGUUGUGGCAGCCAGACCACAGUUGCACAAUGUUAAUUUUUUACCGUCAAGUAGUAGUGGCAGCAAUAGCAGUAGCAGAUUGAGAGAUCCUGAAGUUAAAAACACCAAUUUUUCAGCAAACAAUGACAGAUCACCACAUAAUUACUCCAACAGCACACCUCUUUUGAACAACAAUAACAAUUCCAAAAUGAGAGAUUCCCCAUGGAAAAAUUCAAAAAUCUACAAUGCUUCUAUGGGAGGGGAAAAUCGAGGAAGAAUGGGCAGCGUAGGAAGAGCGCAGAUCCAAGAUAAUCUGACAGACAACCACCAGAGUAGCCCAAUGCAUCCAGAGUGGUUGCACAAAUUCCCAGUGGAUCCAACACAUCAUGAUGAGCAGAACCAUCAACAAGAUUAUCUUCGCAAUUCCUCUACCACCUCCUGGACCAGAAAUCAGCCACAAGACUUGGAAAAUUUGAAGACUGUGCAAAAGGACCAGUGGUCACCAUCGGUGGAAAAAAACAAUAACAUAAGAUGGCAAUCAAAAUCUGCCAUGAAAACAAAGAUGCCUGAGAAUUAUGAGAAAGAGAAAGCGCAGUCGGUUGACGCGCACCCCCAAGAGGCAGAAACAACAGAUUCAUCACCCAGUGAUGAAACAGAAUUGGAAGAUGAGGAGCAGAACUACAAGCUGUUAGUAGAAGAAGAUGAAGAAGUAGCAAAUGAACCCGAGAUGGAACCAGAUCUAAUCACAAGCCUCAAGGCACUCGAUAUUAUUACAAGUGUACAACCAGGCUCGUCGACGUUAAAGAAACCCAGAAACAGGGGCAUCUUCAGUUCAUUUUUCUGUUGUUUUGGUGAUAAUAGCCACGCACAACAAAGUACACCAGUUCCUACUACAGAUACAGAUUCACAGCCAAAUGGCAUUGUUAAGCCACCUCCAAAAUACCUCCUUCCUGCUGUGCGGCCAAGAGAUGUAAAUAAAAUCUGUAUGGUUAUAGAUUUAGAUGAAACAUUAGUUCACAGUACCUUUCAGCCUCUACCUCCCCUCGCCCAUCACCUUUUACAGCCUCAGAGGCAUCAAGAUAUGGGCAAAAAAUGCAUGGUGAUAGACCUUGAUGAAACAUUAGUGCAUAGUUCAUUUAAGCCUGUAAAUAAUGCUGAUUUCAUUGUGCCAGUUGAAAUAGAUGGGACAAUACACCAGGUUUAUGUUCUGAAGAGGCCUUAUGUGGAUGAGUUCUUACAGAAAAUGGGAGAAAUGUUUGAGUGUGUGUUAUUCACUGCUAGUUUAGCAAAAUAUGCAGACCCAGUGGCAGAUCUAUUAGACAGAUGGGGUGUUUUCAGAGCACGACUUUUCAGGGAAUCUUGUGUCUUUCAUAGGGGAAAUUAUGUAAAGGACUUGAGUAGGUUAGGAAGAGAUUUGUCAAAAGUGGUGAUUGUGGAUAACUCCCCAGCUUCAUACAUCUUCCAUCCAGACAAUGCAGUUCCUGUGGCGUCGUGGUUUGACGAUAUGAGUGAUUCAGAACUAUUGGACUUGAUUCCCUUUUUUGAAGGCCUAAGCAAAGUGGAUAAUGUAUACUCUGUACUGAAAAACUCCAAUUCAUAAUACCAAACCUUAUAUAUACAGGGUAGUUGGAUGAACUUCCUUAGAAUCAAAACUAAAAGGGGGUGUGUGCCCUGCGCUGUGGGGCGGAAUUUCUUCUAGUCCGCUAAUACAGAGAAAGUUUUGCGACUCGGAUCACGCAGCUACGGCAAGACACUGCCUUAUAGCACCUGUCCUGGGGAGCAUUUCAUUAUUAUCAGAUUCGAUACUACACCAAUGAGAAAUACCAAUGUUUAACGUAAUUAAUAUAUAUCAUUAUCGUAAAGGGGAGGAAGAAUUGAUGCCAGAUGUGUCGUCAUGUUGCCGGCAUUGUACCAAGUCCAGAUUGGUGCUCAGGCAAAGUAUUUUGCCAUCCCCUGUUGCGCAUACCAACGAGAAAUUGCUGACGGGUUGUAUAUUUUAAAAGAGGAAAUUAAACUGCUGAAGGAAGAUAAAUAUAGUAUUUUAAUGUUUAUGGACUAGAGACAAGAAGAACAUUUCUUGUCAACACUGUGUAUAAAAACAAUUGCAAAGAUUAUAUUAUGAAUAAUACUGUGAUAACCUGUUGUUAUCAUUAUCAACAAGCAACCAGUAUAUGUAUUGAAGAAAAAUGAAGCAGAAAAAAAAAAACAGAGAAAUUGUGUUCAGACUUCCAGAAGUCAAGUCAACUCUCUCUGUCAGGACAAAGGCAGCCAGCUUGAUGUGUCUACUGUGUGAACAGUCGACUGGAGUGUACAAUUGGUACCAGAUAAAGUUAAGAAUGACCGACAUUUUCAAUGUUGGAUAGAUAAGACAUGACAGUCAAAUUCAGUCUUUUAACUGCUGUGACCUGUGACUAAACAGACCAUAUUUUUUUCUGUAAAAAAAGUCACUGAUGUACUAAAAUUGUGACUCAUGGACCAUGUUCUUGAGUAGUUGAAAUCGGUUUUAAUCAGACAUUUAGACUGGUUGAGACUGAUUGAUGUAGAGAGCAGGUAUUCUAGGCAAAGGUCACACAACGGAUUGUUAUUAUCAUAGUAAGAACCCUGCUCAAGUGGUCAAAUUGUUGAUAUGAUCACAGAACAAAACAGUAGUCCAAAUUGCUGUCACAGGUCAUUGGUGUUGUUUGUGUUAGUCCAGUGUACAUAAGAUAAUGGACAGUUUUCUUUAGACUGCACACAGCCUUAAUUCAUGGAUUAAGCAGUAAAUGAAUGUGAUCUAUUGUAAUGAAAUUGUUAUUUUGUGAAUAUUCUCCCCCUUCUCUUUCUCUCUCUCUCUCUCCCUCUCGUUGAUUUUAUGUUUAUUAAAUUUGAAACAUAAAAUGGGAAAUGCAUAUGUAUGAAUAUAAAAUACAUAUGUUAGCCUGAUCAAAUUGGUAUGAUGCAACAAUUUCACCUGGAAGUUUGAUUAUUUGGUUUAAAAUUGAACUGUAAAAAGAUGUAAAUUUAGGUAAAAGCAUUUUGAAAUGCUGCUUAGUUGGUGUAUUAAAAGCUGUGUGUCAAGUCAUAAAAUUGGACUGUGCAGAGUUGUCUGUACAAAGUGUUGUUAUUUUUGCUAAAGAGAGAAUGGAAGAAAAAGUAUCAUGAAAAAUAUAUAGAUAUAUAUGAUUAUAUAUAUAGAUAUAUAUGAAAAGCUCAAUUGUUAUCAAUACCAAGUUGUAAUCAUUAUUGAUAUUUAGGAUCAUUCACAUGGCAAAUCCAGAUGUUUCCUUCACUUGCUAUGAUAUCACCACAUUUGUAUAUUUGUUAAUAAAAUACAUCAUUAUUAGCACAAUUUUUACCCAUUAUGAAAGAGAAAUGUUUCAUCAUUAGUUAGCUGUCUAUGUACUUCUGUUAGGGUUGUGUAUUCCUUGUAAGAGUUUCAUUUAGUACACCCAUGUUAUGACAGGAUUUUAACAGGCUGGUCUUGUACUUUUUGAUUUAUAUUCAAUUGGACAAUGAAAAAAUGGCUUGGAAAUGAAAUGACAUACAAAGUAAUUAUA